CACAGCAUUUUCAGCCCAGGGUGUAUGAGUGCACAUAGGAGAGUGCACAUAGACAGGAUUAUAGGACACAGGAGUCAGCGAAAGAGGCAGCGGAGGACAAUAAAGGAUUAAAAGAGAGAAACAAGAGGAAUACAACAACGGACAUGUAAUGAAGAAGGCGCUAUGAGAAGAAAAGUGAAAAGAAACUGAAAAUAAAAGGAGAGACGGACACGCAGACUGUUAGAAGACUGAAGAUAUGGGACCUUUGCCCCGGACAGUGCGAGUGGGAUACUGAAAAGUGAAGCGGCGGUACAAAGGGAAUUCAGUUUAUAGCCAAGUGACAUAACAGAGCAACUAACUCGCAAGUGUUUUUUCUCAGCGGCCAAUCGCCACCUUCAUGGCGACACCUAAUCUUUGGGACUAGGCGACUCACAGAAGCAGAUUCUGGUCUGCCCAAUCCCGAUACUGGCCAUCACUGGUGCCAUGGGAACAAGUAGAGCCAAUAGGUACAGCAUUGUGUCAGACAUUAUACCAGAAGACGAACGCCACAAGAUCGCAAGUCUAGGACUCCAUAACGGUCACGGUUCCCCUAGUUUCCAACUGCAUUCACCCGGCGAGACAGAAACAGAGGACAGUGCUAGGAGGUCGGGAGCCGCCUCCACUGCUGCGUCCAGCACGAGGGGACAAGAAGGCAUGAACAACUACAACGGAAAGAUCCUGACAAGGGGCUCCAGCCAACUGCGGAGCCGCUUUGUGAAGAAAAAUGGACAAUGUAACGUCGUAUUCACCAAUUUGGAGGAAAAGAGGCAACGCUAUCUGGCCGACAUCUUCACCACCUGUGUGGACAUCCGCUGGAGAUACUUGCUUCUUAUCUUUUGCUGCAGCUUCAUGAUCUCCUGGCUUUUCUUUGGCAUCAUCUUUUACACAGUCUCUCUGGCCCAUGGCGACUUUGAUGACCAGACCCUUUUGAACAAUGAAGGGCUGGCAGUGGCGGGACAGCAUGGAGUGAACCCUGGAUACGGUGCCACUGCUUUAGGUGCAGGGGGGCAUAAGCCGAGGAUCCCAUGCAUAAACCAUGUCCACGGAUUUCUUGGGGCACUCUUGUUCUCCAUGGAGACCCAGACCACCAUCGGCUAUGGCUGGCGCUGUGUCACCGAGGAGUGCCCAGUUGCUGUGCUAACAGUGGUGGUCCAGUCCAUCGUGGGCUGCAUCAUUGACUCUUUCAUGAUUGGCACCAUCAUGGCCAAAAUGGCACGGCCAAAGAAGAGGAACCAGACUCUCAUGUUCUCUAAAAAUGCUGUAAUUACCCUGCGUGAUGGCAAGCUGUGCCUCAUGUGGAGGGUGGGCAACCUGCGGAAGAGCCACAUCGUGGAGGCUCAUGUCCGUGCUCAGCUCAUCCGGCCGUACGUCACAGCCGAGGGCGAGUUUAUCCCCUUGGAGCAGAUGGACCUCAAUGUGGGCUACGAUGAGGGUACGGACAGGCUGUUUCUAGUGUCCCCACUGGUUAUAGUGCACGAGAUAGAUAAAGAUAGCCCCUUGUAUACAUUAAGCCGAGCCGAUCUGGAGUCAGAUGAGUUUGAGAUCGUGGUGAUCCUGGAGGGGAUGGUGGAGGCCACAGCCAUGACCACCCAGUUCCGCAGCUCCUACCUCUCCAGGGAGAUCUUCUGGGGCCACAGGUUUGAGCCUGUGAUCUAUGAGGACCGGGACCGCUACAAGGUGGACUACGGUCGCUUCCACAUGACAUACGAGGUGCCGUCGACGCCCCACCUCAGUGCCAAAGAGCUUGACGAGGCUGCCAGCCGACCCUCCUCUGCCAACUCUCAUGUCUCUGCACCCAGAGCAACACAAGAAUUGAUGCCACGGUCGCUGACCGCCUUCUGCUAUGAGAACGAGGUAGCACUGAACUGUGGGGACGAUGACGAUGACAUCUUUGACACCAAUCAGAUUGGGAGCAAAGAAAGGGAGGAUGAAAGGAGGACUUCAGUUUCUGUAGACUUCCAAAAUGUGUUCCAGGACACUACGACCCUGACAUCUGACAGUCAAAAUGUUAUGUGUGUUCUAGACAUGGACAAUAACCAGAUGGAGUUGGAUAUGCUACAGACUGACAUACCUCUUGAUCCAAUGACAUAUAAUAAUGAGCACGAGAUGUAAGAGGGGCACAGGCUCCCACGUCCCUCUUCUUCCACCUGCAGAUCCCUUAUUUUGAAAAGACCUGACGUCACUUGGUCUUGAAGAGUGAUUGCACCCUUAUAUACUUCGCAUGUUCGGCACUGGGUUUGUUGUACAGAAACUGAAACCCCUUUUGCCUUGCCAGUAUUGUUCAACAUUUGAAUUCAAAUCUGUAUGAUGAUCUCACCUCAUGAAGAAUGAUAUGACAAGGAAGUGUUUUUUCCUAAAUGCUGGCAUCUUUUGGCAAAGGCAUCUUGUUACCUUUACUAAAGAGCAAUAACAAACAACGUGUCUGACUCUGCAAGACGAUAAAGGAUGUUUGAAAAAGCACCCUUUUUGGCACCCUUUAGAAUAAGAUAUGAUUUGAUAACCAAAGGAAAGCACAAUAGAAAUUACCAGAAAAAAGUCCAAAAACCUGAGUCAUAUUUUAGACAUAAUUAAUGUAUUUAGAUUUUGCAUAGUUACAAGUUAAUCCAGUAUAAGAAUGUUUAGGUUUUUUUUCUUCUGUGAAUGUAAAUGAAAGAUUUUCUGAAAGCAAUAGGAAUUUCGGUGGAAUUUUCUUCCUUUUUGGAGAAGAGUGAACUCGAGACUGCAAUGCUCAAUUUUAAGAGGCACUGUAUAUCAAAGUAUGGACAACGAUUGAUUUCACUGGUCAUCAUGCCUGCAAUAGUUUCUUACAAAGUCUGCUGUUUGCACUGUUUUUUGGUGAGUCUGGCUGUUUUGUCAAAUCUUUCCCUCAAAAAUAUAAAAAACUCUCCGUCACCUGGGUAUUUUAGUAUGCGUUAACUGUAUUUACUUUUGCUGUGCAGUAUACCAACAACACCAUUCUAAGUGCAAUCAUUAGUCAUGUAGCUGGGUAUUUUUAUGAAUAAGAUAAUUUUCUUUAAAAAAACAAACAAACAAAAAAAAAAAGCACAAACAGAUGUCUUAUUCACUACAGUGCAGGAUGUCUGAUAUAAAAAUACACAAACAAAAUACUCGUCUUGAAUUUGAGAUACUGAAACUAUUGAAAUGUUCUCAUUUUUGCUGGUGUAUUUGUUUCUGGCGGAGGUUGUUAAACCAGUGAUAACAGAAACAAUACUGAGAAGUAGCUGUGAUUCAUGUUAGCGGUGUCGCUGUUCGCCAAAGGGUUGAAGUUGGAGCGUGUAAUACAGAGCAUCUCUGUUUGAGAGAGCAUGUAGCCAAAGUGUAUUCAUUGUCUUUGACUGAUGAUGGAAAGUUACAAGCCAUUGUAAAACACAACGGGAGCAAAGGGAUGAGGGCAAUGGCUGUUAGCACAAUGCCAUGUCAAUGAAUGCAAUCCCCGGAAAUGUGCAAUAGGUCAUUUGAUGGUGAUAUGGAGGAUGAGCACUACCCUGAGUAAAAGGUUGUGUAUAAAUGUAUGUCAUGUGGAUUGCAGUGAACUAAGGAUGUUAUGCUGGUAGUAUAAUAGAUGAGUUUAAAAGAUACUUCUCCUGUGCAGUGGGAGGGUAUAAAACCUGGGUCAACAUGCUGGGAGGACCAGAUGGUACAAUUCAAGUCAGUCACAGGGAACAAACACUAAAGCUUGAAAAUCUUGUGAUGAACCAAACCUCCCAGUACUUGAUGCAUUGUCCUGUGUAGCUGACCCCACCCAUCUGGCCUCUCAAGCAAACCGAAACCAACUCCAAAUAUUAUUUGACACUAAUAUUGAGCGCAAUGAUCGGGAUUAUGUGUGGAUAUUUUUUUUUCCCUGUCACGUUUCAAUUUCUUGCAGUUUUGCUCGUUUCACAUACGGGCCAUCCAAACGGUGUACCUCUGCCUCUAUUAACUGCACCUGUUCCCAUAACAAGACUGGAACUCUCAUUCUUGAAUGACUUCUGAGUUUAUUUUGUUGUUUUUUUUUUUGUGACUUUAUCUUUGCUGCGUUAUGUCGCUUGAGCAUGUGUGUGUUUGUGACAGAGAGUGAGAUACAAAAAAACGGCUGUAGGGAGCAUGUGUGCAUCUGAGCAUCUAGCGUUCGAUACAGAUAGCUUUUUAAAUUUACAUUAUCUCAUUUUUCAGUGCAAAACCUGCCAUUUGCUAAAUAUUCAGAACUUUAUUAGGCAUACUAAAAAUGUUCUUAUUGACAAUUAUAUAACAAGCACACACACUUUCCAUAAUUCUGUCAUGCUGGACCUUAAAUGUAUUAGCUGAUACUAAACUCAUCAACAUGAGCACAGAGGGUUAGCCAAUUUUAUUAAUAAUAACAAAUGAUAUCAACCAAUGUAAAUGCCAUUUUGUGUAACAGAUAAAGUUAUAAUAUGGUACAGUAUUUUAAUAUCUGUUCUUUGCUGCUAAGUCUUCCUGCUUUGUAAAUCUUUGGUGAUUUUCAAACCCAUUCUUGGACAUACAAAAAAAAAAAAAAAAAAAAAAAAAAUGCACUGGACAAAUUAAUGUCCCGAUUUGGAAUAAACUUGAAAAGAAAACAACAGUACGAAGCACUUUACUCUUCCUUGUAUACCUUUUGAUGUUGAAAAUCACAAUUUAUAUAAUUUUGGUUGUUUCUGUAUCUGUUUUUGUUCUGUUUUCUGUUCCUGGUAAAAGAAGCACAAAAGUACUGCUGCUGAGCACAUUAAACACAAAAAUUGCUCCAAAA